UCUCAGCCUCGUUGCGAUGCCCUGUUCCGUAGCUGCAACUCUGAUCUGGAUCUGGGAGGAUGGCCUGCUGCUUCGCCUCUUUUGCCUUCUUCAUUUUGGCUCAAUCCUCCACAAUCCUUUCUCCCUUGGUUCCGGAUGCACUUUAUGUGAACUUGAAGUUGUCGCCAGUAUUUUGAACAUCCCGUACAUACGCCCAAGGGCGACACCGCAAUGGCCAAAACGUCCAUGCGCAACCUCUUAUUCCGGCUGCCGCCAGCGACUCUAGCCCUGUUCCUCUCGACGGUGAUUAGCCUGGCGCAUGCGCACGCUUUACCGCGACAAACAACGACUGUAGAAUCUCACGAGCUACAUGUUAUAGCCUGGCCACCCAUUCCGACAGAAGCGCCCCUUUCGCCUUUUGAAUUACUGCGGAGACAGGAGGACAAUACGAUAUGUGGUUAUAUUGGAGACCUGCCGGCGACGUGCUCGGCGGGAUCGCAUUGCGUACUGGACAAGCAACAUAAUGUCAUGGGCUGCUGUCCAAACGGCGGCCCAUGCACGCAAGGCGUAUACACAGGAUGCAUCGAUUACAAUAGUGGAGAACAGACCGAGGCCAACCCUUACGUCUACACAUGCCAGGGAUCCGAUGUCUGCUACAAGAACGAGUUUGGUGGUGGCGUAUACCAAUACGGAUGUGGGACAGCUUCGGAUUUGGCCACGAGCGUUCAGGCGUCGUUGAGCGGUGUCGAUGCCCUGGUUAUCACCAGUUCUGUGCCCCUGACAGCAACACCAACAACACUGUCAGAGCCGAUCUCGAUAAACCCGAGCACGGGCACUAGGAGCUUCUCCAGUACGUCGGAUACAGCGUCACAAAUAUCUUCGACUAGGAGCAGUUCUACGCGCUCCUCGACUUCGUCCUCUUUAUCGAGCUCGCCAUCCACAACUGCCAGCAGUUCAUCUUCAACCUCUUCUCAAACAACCUCCACCUCCACGGGUUCAACUUCCUCCACCAGUUUGGCCGGAGCGACGAGCUCAUCAUCCCCAACCUCUACGACUGCACCAGCUACGGCUUCACACUUCGAUCAGACAGGCGCCAUUGUCGGAGGAACUAUUAGUGGUGUCGCAAUACUCAUUGCUAUUGUAGCCAUUGCGAUAUUCUGUAUCCAAAAGCGGCGAAACAGGCGCUUAGGGCCUGGUCCCGUACCGAAGGCGCCACCUUCAUCCGAGUAUAUGAGUCCUAUACGGUCUCAUGGUGCAGCAUUCGCUCCCUUACCUACGUGGCAAGAGGAGGAAGAGCCGCCCACUCCGCAGCCGCGGUACCAUCAGUCAUAUGGUCAACCGCAUAACCAGCCAUACAACCAAGCGACCCAGGAGGCCAAUUUGUACAGCCCCCACGACCUUCCGCAUGGCAAUACGACACAAAUCACGGGAGGUCAACAUGCAGCACAACAGAAUUAUAGCUAUCCCUCCGGACCGGCUACAGGAGCAAUGGCUGAGACCACGCCAAUUGCCGACGCACACACGAGAAACGGUGCGAACGAGUUGGACGAUUUCUCACAUGGCUAUUCAGCCGCAGUCGGCCAAAUCCAACAUCAUGAGGAGGAUAGGCAACCUCUGACGCCAGUGAAUAUUGAUGGACACAGCUCGGGUUCCGACUCUAGUAGCCCGUCGAGAAGAAUGGGAGACAGACCUUUGUGGCAACAAAACCGGCGGCAAAGUCGAAAUCUUAUGUGGAUGUAAUUUAGCUUUGCUUGGAAUGCGCUUUAGCGCAGGGGGUAGAUGACUUUCUUGUAUAAAGUUUUGCAUAAGCGGCACCGGGAUCACAGGAGUUAUGGGCGGUUUGUUUAUCUUGCAGUGCGCAAGCCAUAUAAGCACUGGAAGCAAAGCAUGGUGGGUAUGCGUGGCGUUAUUGGCGAAAAGUCAUGAUUAAUGAUACAUUGAGCUGGAGACUUAGCACAAGAAGAGGUUUUUGCCAUGGAAUCUAAGCUUUUUAACAGCCUA